UUUCCAAGUUACAUGUUUUUCAUCUGUAUGUAGUUUUUUACAAAAUUGCCGGGGUUGGUGUUAACGACUUUAUCAUGAAUCUAAUCUUUCUUAUCUUAAAUUCAUAGUUGAAUAUAAAUUAUCCUACAAAAGAGUGUUUAUAAAUAUGCAAAAACACAAUUGGCAACAAAUAAAGAUAGGCCAGUAUGGCACAAGCAUAGAUCCCUCUCUGUAGAACAUGAAAGAUAUCACCAUCAACUGUCUCAUACCGACACUCCUUGAAAAUCAUCUAAUAUAAUGCAAGCAUCUUUUCAGUUUAUAAAAAUCAAUCUUCCAUAGGUGCCAUUUCUUGGCAUGACCUCUCCCAUGGCUUCUUGGGUUCAAGAGCUUAGUUUCUCUCAUCUGCACAUCCCUAUAACAAUUGAUCGAAUGAUUCCAGUCAUGCCAGCCGGUCCUGUUCCUUGUGUCCCUGGCAGCUGCCUUUACUUGUCAAACCUUGAUGAUAUGAUUGGAGCACGUGUUUUUACACCAACCAUGUAUUUUUAUAGAUCAAAAGACUUGGGUUCCGAUGGAGAACCAGUUGUGAAAAUACUAUGUGAUGCACUAGCCAGAGUUUUGGUUCCUUACUAUCCUCUAUCUGGUAGGCUCAGAGAGGUAGAAAACGGGAAACUAGAAGUGUUUUUUGGACGAGAACGAGGUGCACUUGUGGUAGAGGCACACUCUGAUAUGGCUUUAACCGAAUUAGGAGAUCUUGCAGUGCCAAACCCAGCCUGGGAGCCAUUAAUCUAUAGGUUCCCCAAUGAAGAACCAUAUAAAGUUCUUGACAUGCCGUUAGUUAUAGCUCAGGUAACUCAUUUUGGCUGCGGUGGCUUUAGCCUUGGCCUGAGACUUUGCCAUUGCAUCUGUGAUGGCCUUGGUGCUAUGCAGUUUCUUGGUGCAUGGGCUGCCACUGCGAAAACAGGUACAUUGGUGACAAAUCCUGAACCUUGUUGGGACCGGGAAUUUUUCCACCCUCGAAAUCCACCAAUAAUAAAAUAUCCGCAUCCCGAAUUUAUGAGAAUUGAAGAAGGUUCAAGCUUAACAAUAAGUCUAUGGAAAUCCAAGCCUGUUCAAAAGUGUUACAGGGUUAGCCGUCAGUUCCAAGCUCAACUAAAAUCUCUAGCUCAACCUGAUGACAUGCUUGGGUGCUCUACAUUUGAUGCUAUGGCAGCUCAUGUUUGGCGGUCAUGGGUGAAAGCACUUGACGUAAAACCACUAGACUAUCGACUUAGGCUUACAUUUUCAGUCAAUGUUCGUCCCAAACUGAAAAACCCACCAUUGAAAGAAGGAUUUUAUGGCAAUGUAGUUUGCGUGGCAUGUGGAAUGAGUCCUGUGUAUGAACUUAUUAAGGGGCGUCUCUCGGACACUGCCCGAUUGGUUCGUGAAGCCAGACUCAGCAUAUCAGAGGAGUACGUGAGAUCCACAAUUGAUUUCGUUGAAGUAGACAGGCCAAGAAGGCUUGAAUUUGGAGGGAAAUUGACCGUAACACAGUGGACUAGAUUUUCCUUGUAUGAAUCUGCUGAUUUUGGAUGGGGAAGGCCAGCUUAUGCUGGUCCGAUAGACCUGACUCCAACACCACAGGUUUGUGUAUUCUUGCCAGAAGAAGGCGCCGAAUCUAGUGGAGCAAUGGUGGUGUGUAUCUGCUUGCCUGAGUCAGCCACCGAUAAAUUUACGGAGUUUUUUUGUUUAAAGGAUUUCAUAUGAUGAAAACUUGAAGUGUGAAAAGUACUCCUGAUAUGCUAUGGAUUAAUACACAAUGAAGAAAUAGUUCCCAUUAGCAACUCACCGUGAAAUUAACUUCUUGACAUGAGUCAGAUUGAGUUAAAAGAACGGCAAAUACUCAGCUUUGGAGAUGUUUGUCAAGUAAACAAAGAAUUACUGAUU